AUGCUAUCGCUUCUCUGCCGUUCCCUCCUGCUCAUCCUUGCUCAACAGUGCUUCAGCAGGGCUCAGAACAAUGGGCAGCUGCAGGCCACUCGAGGCGGACAGUCUGCGGCUGAGAGGCGGCAGUUCUGCCAGUGGCCCUGCAAGUGUCGGGAGAGAGCUCACUGCGCCCCGGGGGUGAGCGCCGUCCUGGACGGGUGCGGCUGCUGCAAGAGCUGCGCCAGGCAGAUCGGAGAAGCGUGCAACGAGAGGGACGUCUGCGACCCGCACAAGGGCAUGUACUGCGACUUCUCAGCAGACCAGCCCAGAUACGAGGUCGGAGUGUGCGCAUACAUGAUGGCGGUGGGCUGCGAUCUGAAUGGGGCCCACUAUGAGAACGGAGAGGCUUUCCAGCCCAGCCCCCUCUAUAAGUGCACAUGUAUUGCUGGAGCCAUUGGCUGCACCCCUGCUUUCAUCCAGAAGCCUGCGGGUCUCUUAGGCACCGCCCCGCUGAUGGGCAACUUGCCAGCCGGCCUGCGCAGUGGUCAGAGCCCGAAGAAGCACCAGCAGGACACUACCUACAUGUCAGCUUACAGGGAUCCUCCUUUAGCCUGGAGGAAGAACUGUCUGAUCCAGACCACGCCCUGGAGUCCCUGCUCAAAGACCUGCGGCCUGGGAAUCUCCGUGCGCGUCAACAACGACAACGGCAAAUGUGAGAUGAGGAAGGACCGCCGCCUGUGCCUGCUGCGACCAUGUGACAAGACUGUGCUUCGGAGCAUUAAGGUGGCAAAGGGAAAGACGUGCCGGCCGAAGUUCCAGGCAAAGAAAGCGGAGAAGCUGACGCUCUCUGGCUGCACCAGCACCAAGAAGUUCAAGCCCACGUACUGCGGUGUCUGCACAGACAAGCGCUGCUGCGUCCCCAACAAGUCCCGCAUGAUCAAGGUCAGCUUCACUUGCAAAGAAGGCUCCAACACACAGUGGAAGAUGCAGUGGAUAACGUCCUGCGUGUGCCAGAGGAAGUGCAACAACCCGGGUGACAUGUUCUCCGACCUGCGGCUACUUUAACGGCGCCGCCGUGAGACGCCCAGAGACACAGACACAGGGUGUGAUCCUGCUGUGGUUAUUAAG